AUGUCCAUAGCCCAAGUUGUCAAAGAUAUCAAGGGACGUCUUGAUGGAAAAGUAGCAAUCAUCACCGGUGCUGGAAGUGGUAUUGGCUUCGAAUCGGCCAUCCUGUUUGCAAGAGAAGGCGCAAUUGUGGUUGCUGCUGAUGUCGACUUCCAUGCUGCCGAGGCUGUGGUUGAAAGAAUAAAGGAAAAAUAUCCAUUACAUGUUAGGAAACAUACUCUCGCAUGCAAGGUGGAUGUUUCUAUAGAAGAGGAAGUUAAGAAAUUGGUUGACGUUACUUUGAAAGAAUUUGGCAAACUUGACAUCAUGUUUAAUAACGCGGGAAUAAUGCAUCCCGAUGACGGUGAUGCUCUAAGCACUGAUGGAGCGGUCUGGGAUGCUACAUUGAACACCAAUCUAAAAGGUGUUUGGUUUGGAUGUAAAUAUGCGAUUGAAGCAUUCCGAAGGAAACCUAACAAUGCAGGUGGUGUUAUCAUUAACACCGCCAGUUUUGUCGGCCUCAUGGGUUCGGCGACUCCGCAGCUAGCUUACACUGCCUCGAAAGGUGCGGUCAUUGCCAUGAGCCGUGAGUUAGCCAUUACCCACGCUCGAGAAAACAUUCGUAUCAAUACUUUGUGCCCAGGACCAAUUCGAACACCCUUACUAAUGAAUUAUCUUGAUACCGAAGAAAAGAAAGACCGCCGUCUUGUUCAUCUACCAAUUGGACGCUUCAGCGAACCCGUUGAACAAGCACAAGCUGCUUUAUUCUUGGCUUCAGAUGACGCGUCUUAUAUCACAGGAACUGAAUUUAAGGUUGACGGCGGUCUCACUGCUGCUUAUGUGGUCAGUAAUCGUUAUUAUGAGGUUUUUUUUAGACAUCGGUUUUUGGUUCUUACCUCAUUUUUCUCUAAAUCAGACUCCGGAAGGUCCUUGUGUCAGUCUUCCACCAAAAAAUUAUUUCAAGCCCAAGUCAUAACUAGUCUGAAAAGAAUAGUUGUCGCUUUUUGA